UGCUUUUGAUAUGCUUGGAGUAGGACAAAACGCAGCUGAGAGAUCAGAGGUGGCCCGGCGUGAGACUUACGGGGGAGGAACGAAGGCCACAGGAAUGGGCAGACAGUUGCGAAGAGUUGACUCAUUCUUCCUCGGGCUCAGGAUAAAGACUUUUUUAUGAGAAAUACGUUACAAUACUACAACAUAACGAGAAAGUCAAACCUCCUGCCGCAAGCUUGGGAUCUAUUGGGCAGGAGGAAGAGUACAACUCUGCACUGGCUUUUCCCCACAAAGAAUCAGAAGUACGAUGGUACUCUCGGUGACAACGCUGAGUGCUCCAUCCCAGGCCAUGUACAACGCUCGAGGUGACCGAUGAAACAUCUAUUAUAGCGCUCAGAUUCUGUUAUAGACAGUCGUGUGCAUGAGCCGACGUUGGCCUGCUCUUCCGGACAUCGUGGCCUACACUGAGAGCAAGCUGCAAGUGAGGGAUCUGUGCACUGCCUUGCAACUUUUGAUUCGUAUUUGCCAUCCACUUCGCUCCUCGUGUAUCUGCAACACCACAACACGAAGGAGUUUAUGGAGGCCGGUGACAAGCAGAGGACGUGAUCGUGAGCUCAGCUUGGGCUUUGAGAGACCUUGCAGACCAGCCGCAUAAGGGGCACAGAGAUUUGCUCAAUAAUUGCACACAUGACCUGGAAGGAUACACCAUGCAGGCAUUGAUCUCGAGGCACCCACUGUGUACAUUGAUGGAAUGACGACGGCUCUACAAACACGAAGAUAGAACGAUAAUUGUUCAAUGCGCGUGCACUCCGCGGAGUUAUAAACUCGACCAUGGGGAACUUUGCAGUGCAAUGCUAUCCACUCCCGUUCGCUCAAUUACGAGCGAGAAUUAUGAAGAUGACAACGGGUGGAGCAGCGAAACUUGACGGUGGAAGUUCAGAUGAAGCCGAUAGUCAGGAAUCCCUGAGAGAAAGAAGAAUUCGAACAAGUACCCUUUACGCUGAUGUUCCGCCAAGUAAGGAUCCGUUGAUUUAUUCCUCAAAGUACAACAUUGGAUUCAUGGGUAUGGAGAAACUGCAUCCGUUUGAUGCUGGAAAGUGGGGGCACAUACAGAGUUAUCUGGUCGACGAACACGUGAUCAAUGCACGAAAUAUUGUGGAACCUCGAGAGGCCACCGCGGAGGACCUGCUUGUGGUGCACUCCAAGGAGUACUUAGAGAGUUUAAAGCAAAGCUAUGUUGUGGCAGGUAUCAUCGAGGUGCCACCCGUAGCCUUGUUGCCAAACUUCAUAGUUCAAAGCAGGGUGCUUCAACCCUUCCGAAAUCAGGUCGGAGGAACAGUUCUCGCGGGAAAAGUAGCCAAGGAGAGGGGUUGGGCCAUCAAUCUAGGUGGGGGUUUUCACCAUUGCUGUGGAGGACAGGGAGGAGGCUUUUGCGUAUAUGCUGACAUUACGCUGUGUAUCCAGUUUGCUUUUACCCGACUUUCCUUUGCCAGGGUAAUGAUUAUUGAUUUGGACGCUCAUCAGGGUAAUGGUCACGAGAGAGACUUUGUUGGUGAUGAUAGAGUCUACAUCCUUGACAUAUACAAUAGCCAAAUAUACCCCUUUGAUGAAGAAGCGAAAAUAAGAAUCAAUCAACGGGUGGAGCUCAGGAAUCAAACUUCCUCAGAGGACUACCUCCGGAUUCUGGAUGAACAAUUACAAAUUGCAAAACAAGCCUUCAAACCAGAUCUAAUCGUAUAUAAUGCUGGGACCGACAUUCUUGAUGGUGAUCCCCUCGGCCAGCUUCGUGUAACUCCCGCCGGUGUCACGAGUCGUGACGAGAAAGUUUUUGAAUUCGCCAAAGACGCUUACGAGAAUCCCGUGCCUAUCGUAAUGGUUACCUCUGGUGGAUACAUGAAGAGCAGUGCGCGAGUCAUAGCAGAUUCAAUCAAGAAUUUAGUGAGCAAGAGGCUCAUCACAGUUGGAGCCGUCGUGUAGGUACUGCGUACACUAGCCUGCGUGUGUACAAAUUCGGUGAGAUGCUGUAUCCAAAAUCAGACUCACCAGCAUUCUUACGAGUCACCUUCAAGCGUUGCUAGAGUUUAUACCGUCACAGGGUGAGAUCCUGUUUCACGAUGUACAGGGAGGGAGGCAGGGAUGCCCGCCAGCACAAGGAUUAGUUACUCCUCUAUACGGCCGUCAGUCAACCUGUUGGCUGCCUGUGUUGUACAAAGUCACACGUUUUAUAAAAUUAGCCAGAUCUUUCGGCCGCCUCCAACGAGAGCCUGAACUCAGUCCAAUCAUGGAUGCAGUGGGCAUUUCAUUUCUUCCGAGCAUUUUGUGAGUGUUGAAAC